GUCUUGCCCUACUUUCCAUUCCCAUGCAACACUAACUUUCUUUCUUUAGAAUUAUUUUGCUCGAUGAAGCUUCUCUCGCCGGUUCUUGCAUUCCUAGCGCUUGCUGCGGUGGCAAGCCAUGCAGCUCGCUCACCUGAGCAAUAUUGGAACAAUAAGCUGCCGGAUACUCCGAUGCCGAAGGUUGUUCAAGAAAUUCUACAUCCUGAAUUAUUGAGGGAGAAAAGUACAUCUGUGAAUGUAGGUGGUGGCGGUGUAAACGUCAAUACAGGGAAAGGGAAGCCUGGGGGUACCGCCGUGAACGUUGGAAACGGUGGAGUACAUGUGAACACCGGGAAAGGAAAACCAGGUGGUGGCACUCACGUGAACGUCGGAAAGGGCGGAGUUGGGGUGAACACCGGGAAAGGGGGAGGCACUCACGUGAACGUCGGAAAGGGCGGAGUUGGAGUGAGCACCGGGAAAGGAAAACCAGGGGGUGGUACUCACGUGAGCGUCGGUAAGGGCGGAGUUGGCGUGAACACCGGGAAAGGAAAGCCAGGGGGCGGCACUCAUGUGAGCGUCGGAAAGGGCGGAGUUGGGGUGAACACCGGGAAAGGAAAACCAGGCGGCGGCACUCACGUGAGCGUCGGCGGCAAAGGCGGAGGAGUAUCGGUAAACACCGGGCACAAAGGAAAGCCGCCAGUACACGUUAACGUUUCACCGUUUAUUUACAAUUAUGCAGCCACCGAGACUCAAAUCCACGACGACCCGAACGUGGCACUUUUCUUUUUGGAAAAAGACAUGCACCCCGGUGCAACGAUGACCCUGCAUUUCAACCAAAACACACAGAAAUCAACCUUCUUACCUCACCAAAUCUCCCAAACGAUACCGUUUUCAUCAGACAAGUUACCGGAGAUCUUCUCCAAAUUCUCAGUAAAACCCGGAUCGGAAAAGGCAGAGACGAUGAAGAACACGAUCAAGGAGUGCGAACAGCCAUCGAUUCAAGGAGAAGAAAAAUACUGCGCAACCUCACUCGAGUCCAUGAUCGACUUCACCACUUCCAAGCUCGGGAAAAUCGACCAGGCAGUCUCAACAGAGGUGGAAAAACAAACCCCAAAGCAGAAAUACACAAUAUCCGCCGGAGUAGAUAGAAUUUCCGGCGAAAAAGUCGUAGUAUGCCACAAGCAGAACUACGCAUACGCCGUGUUCUACUGCCAUAAAUCGGAAACAACAAGGGCUUACACGGUUCAUUUGGACGGUGCAGACGGUACAAAAGCCAAAGCAGUGGCAGUCUGCCACACGGAUACAUCGGCAUGGAACCCAAAGCAUUUGGCUUUUCAAGUCCUUAAGGUUGAGCCGGGAACCGUUCCCAUCUGCCAUUUCCUUCCUCAGGAUCACAUUGUUUGGGUCCCAAAGUAAAAUAUCCAGUUUGUUCUAUAAUAAUUAUACCUCAAAGCCAUCGAGUUUAGUUAUGCAGAAGGUAUCCAUGGAUCAUGUUCUUAGUUAUGGAUAAAAUGAUAUUACUUAUUGUAUCAUAAUGGUUUGGUGAUGAAUCUAUUAGAACAUCAUGUUUUUUUGUU